AUGUUUGGCUUCAUUGAAGCCGUGUCACUGGACCAUUAUGGUUGUGAUGACCGGAAGGCAGACUGUGUUUUCUGUACGCCACAAAAAAGUUGCACGGAUUCGAUCGUUACGUCUAUAAAUCCAGACCGUGUGGCCUCAUCAGAGAGGAACACAUUGAGCAUUGUUGGGAAAAGGCUAAAUGUUGGAUCGAGAGCUUCACUGCAGAUCCAUGGGAUGGCUGACCACAGUGCAGACAUAUCAAACGAUUGCACGAUUGAGAACAGCACUUUGGUGAAAUGUGUAUUACCAAAGGCAAUCCAUGGCAAGAAAACUGUGUGCUUGUUAUAUGAUUCUGAAGAGGACUGUGCGGCUAACAGAACUGCUUUCCUGGAGUAUGUCACCAACAUCCGUGUGACUGAGAUUCACCCAGCAGUAUCCUGGCUUGAUGGAGGACGAAGAAUGACAAUAAGCGGCAAAAAUUUUGAUGUCGUUAAACAGAUGCAGAUAUCAUUAUCUGAAGGUCGCAGGUCAUGGAUUAAUUGUUCAGCUGAUCAAGGGACCUGGACCUGUGAAUCUCCAUUUAUGCAAAAUGGGAUUCCAGGUAACUACUCUGUAUUUUUUCGCCUCUGUGGAUCUGAGCAGCAAGUCAAUAUGAUAUACCACGAGAAUCCUAUAUUUUACAACUUUACAAAGGUUAUUGACGAAAAACAACUCCUGAUAACAGUGAUGCGAAAGAUAGAUAAUUUAGAUCUUUCUAAAAGUGACGUUAAGAUCUUCAUUCCCAGGGGUGCAGACGGUCCGUUGGAAUGUAACAUUACAGCAGUGAUGGCCGACAAAAUAAAAUGUGUAUUAAUCACAAAUGACAUUUCAAUAUCAGAAUUAGAGGUGAGUGCGAGGGAUCAGUUGGCAACUGACUCUGAGCUCGGAAGCAUGUCCGAGGAACAGUGCUGGCUGGGAGAUACCAUGCACCUGGAAAGACAUGGGGUCCACAUACACCAGCAGCUCAACGCUCCAAUCAAGGACGGAAAUCGAACCCACAUCGGGGGCCUUUUGGGCUUACCAUAA